AUGAAGGAAUUUAAUUGUGAAGCAUUCUAUUUUAAAGUGCCAUUGGAAGACCAACUGAAGCUUAGGAGGCAACCAUCUGAUGAAGUUGAAGAUCACCAAAGCCCCAAAUGGGAUGAAUGCUGGAACACGGUUGCGGAAGACGGAACUUACGGGUUUUGUGAGGCUGAGGGUUGCUGUGAGGGCAGUUUUUGGAUUUCCAACUUGUGUCCCCAUUACCCAGCUGACUGGAGAUACAGUUGCGCAGAGGGUUCGAGUCCCGGAGGCUGCAUUUGCCUCACUAGCAACAUGCUGGCCGCACUUUGGACUUACGCCACCAACUAUUAUGCCAACUAUGGCCUUCCCAUCUCAGUGAACGCUCUUGCUGGAAGCUGUCAUUCCUCCAACUCGUGGCAUUAUCGAGGGAACACCUUCGACGUCGCUUGCACUACUCCUACAAACCAUUGUUCGGCCUUGGUGGACUUCGUGAGGCAAUAUCAACUCAACGAACUUUGUUAUCCUGGAGGACCUUGUUCUGGACACGACACUUGGGUCCACGCCGUUUUCGCAUAGACGAUGUUUCAGCUCAAUUCCCUAUAUUUAUGAAAUAAAAUUUGGGAGAUUUUUUUUAUCCCUGAUCAGUUUGAAAUCAUGCACUUUGUUUCCUUCGAAUCGCUGCUCAAUUUCGCCCCUCGUGCUGCCCUCCGAUGCGAUACGGUUGAGGUGAAGAAACUAGUCUUUCAGCCUGAGCGACA